AUGUUGAGAAGCAUGAAAGAAUCGCAAGUAGACGUGGAACGAAAUCUGCAGGACUAUCAAAUAAUUGUGGUCACUUUGGUCACGUCGGGCGUUCUCGCUUCCUUUAGAAGCAGUCAGCCUUUCCGAUACGUUUUCAUUGAUGAGGCAGCAGCAUCUUCGGAGCCAGAGACGUUGCUGGGCAUCGUUAACUUUAAGGAUCCCUCGUGUCAUAUAAUAUUAUCUGGUGAUCAUAAACAAUUGGGCCCAGUUGUCGUUAGCAAGUGUGCAGCCAAGUUGGGACUGGGCCAGUCGUUAAUGGAGCGUCUGAUGCUAAGCAAACAUUACGAGGUAGAUGCUGAAGGCAAUUAUGACUGCACGCGUCAAACGCGACUGCGUUACAACUAUAGAUCCCAUCCAAAAAUUGUGGACCUUCUCAAUAAGCUAUAUUACAACGACAUGCUUAUAGCGACAGCUCCGCCGUUGAGUGUUAAUUUGGCUGAACACUGGACAUUAUUGCCCAACACACAGUCUCCUAUUCUAUUCCAUAUAGUAUUUGGGAAAACAUGCAACGAGGCGAACUCAUCUAGCAGUUACAACUUUGAAGAGGCCCAGGUGCUUGCCUGGUAUGUGAGAACUUUGCUUAGACGGGGUAUUGGCAAUGGCAUAAAACCGCAGGCGAAGGACAUUGGCGUCAUAUCACCGUACGCGGCACAGUGUAAGGUGCUUAAGCAGUUGCUACGCAGACAGCAUCAUCAGGACGUGGAGGUGUGCACCGUGCAUGGAUUCCAGGGACGCGAAAAGCACAUAAUUAUUGGUUCGCUGGUCUGUUCAAAUGCUAACACCACCUUCAUAUCCAAUCCGAAGUUGCUCAAUGUGCUACUCUCGCGGGCCAAGUCGUUAUUGAUAUUGAUUGGCAACCGGCGUACUUUGGCUAAAGCAGAAGAUUUUCGUUACAUACUUGAGCAAUGCGAGCUCAAUGGAAACUUAUUGCAUGCGCAGAAACAAUGA